AUUUUUGUGCCAAUCGAGCCAUAGCAAAUUGAAUGUGAAUGUGUUUUCCUUGCCACAAUAAGUGAAUUCGGUCAUCGAACCCGACUAUAAAAAUCGAUGUUAACACUUUUUUAUGGAAUGCGAUCCGCAUCAUUAUAGUUAAGAAAAAGGUAGCCAAAUUUUUUUUUUCCGGCGGGCGUGUUCAAUCUGUCCUGGUUGGAAAUAUUACUUUCGCAAGUUGAGACACACCCCACAUGAAAACAAUAUGGCUCGUAUUUCAGAUUGGCAUUUUCUCUUCUUACGGUAGGAUUGAAUAGGCGGCGUGGAACCGCAAACAAUGCAGAUUCAGUUUUCAAUAUGCUAUCAAAUGCACAUAGCAAAAAUAAGUUUCUGGUUGUGAACAUUCUGUACGACUUCGGGUUUACCACAUAUCUAUAGAUUUUAUUCGGAUUUUUAUUAUUUAUUGUCGCUUUCUUUUCGUUGAUUAUGCCGUAUUAUACAGAUUCUUUUUGUAUAAAUAGAUGUGUAGCCAGCAGCACUAUGUAGUUUUUUCAGAUCUUUCAGAUAGUAUACAUUGUUUUACUGCGUUGUAGUCAUAGAGAUUUAAAAUGUGGUGGAUUUUACUUUUUCUACCCACUGUCAUUUUGGCUUACCAUCCCAGUCCGAAUUCUACCGUUUUUAUCGCAAAUGGUAGAUGUGGACACCAGUAUGCCUGUAAGCCAGCUACCCAGUGUUCCGUUUGGUAUGACGAACUUCAUUUGUAUUCAUCGAAACCCUGCACCGACACACGGGGUUACGUCGGCCUUUGCUGUCCUGAUGUUGCUCAUGUGAAAUCUGUGUUGAACACGAAAAUCGAUACGAACUUGCCGAUCUCAUCUACUCAAUCGAUCCCUUUAAAACUGCUGGAGCAGACUUCCCGUGCAGCUCGAAUCGAUUUGAUUGACAUGAACGUAGUUGAAGAAAAUCUCAAUUACAACCAAAUAAAAAUGACUGAAAAUUCAAUGGCCUGGACGCACGCAACUGGCAUGGCUCCAAUGGAAAUGACACAUAAUGAAGGAGUCAAAGCUCUCCUGAUAGUCAACGCUGCCCGACAUUUGCAGGACAAUUUAUCACUUUCAUCGCAACAAGCUGCACUCGGAUUACAGGGGAUUGACACUAGAUUGAGUUUCCUAGGAGACACGUGUCCUCGACUUCCUGUAUGUUUACUGAAUAAAUAUCGGACUUUCGAUGGAACUUGCAACAACCUGCGACAACCUUCCUGGGGUAGCGCACGGUCACCUUUGGAAAGACUGGCUCCACCUGAAUACGAUGACGGUAUAUGGGAUCCGAAAAUCCGCAAAGCAGGCAAACAGCUUCCCAAUGUUCGUCUAAUCAGAAAUGUUAUAGUUACUGACGGAAACUAUCCAGCUGUAGAUAUGACGCACAUGUUUAUGCAAUGGGGGCAAUUUGUGGAUCAUGAUAUGGUUCAAGUGCCACAAUUCCGAACGGCCAAUCAAUCAAACAUUGAAUGCUGCACUGCAGAAGGUGGGAUCAUCUCACCUGAAAUGCGCCAUCCUCACUGCUUCCCAAUUGAUAUUCAAGCCAACGAUCCUUUCUAUGGACCCAGAGGUGUACGAUGCUUGAACUUUGUUCGAUCGAUGAUUGCCCCUCGGAUAGAAUGUCGAAUGGGUUAUGCAGAUCAAAUGAAUCAACUUACCCACUUUAUCGAUGCCUCGCAUGUAUACGGACCAUCACCCGUUAUUGCUGCCAGUUUGCGUCAGUUUGUAGGAGGUCGUCUGAAAAUCUCCAAAAUUGAAGGUCGUAUUUACCCAUCGCAAAAUUUCGAAGACUCAAGUUGCGUCGGUCGAACUGGUGGCUUUGGUUGUUUUGUUUCAGGCGAUUUGCGUACCAAUCAAAUUAUGACACUUACAUCGUUGCACAUCAUUUUCCUGCGUCAGCAUAAUUUACUUGCGAACAAAUUGGCUGCUAUCAACCCUCAUUGGAAUGAUGAAGUUCUGUAUCAAGAAACUCGACGCAUUGUUGGUGCCUUGAUGCAGCACAUCACCUACAACGAAUUCCUUCCGUCUUUACUCGGUCGAACAACGAUGGACGCUUACGGCCUCACACCGCAAACCCAUGGAUACUCUUCAAGUUACGACGAGAAUGCCAACCCAUCAAUUACGAACGAAUUUGCCACGGCUGCCUUCCGUAUGGGACACUCUCUCAUCCAGGGUGCAAUGAAUUUAGUGGAGGAAGACGGUAAAGUCCGAGUGGAACUGAUGCGAAACUGGUUCAACAAUCCUUCUUUACUUCGCCAAGCUGGCAUAUUGGACGCUGUAUUGCGAGGAAUGAUCGACCAGUGGCCCCAAAAGGUAGACGAAUGGGUCUCUGAGGACGUAACGAAUCAUCUCUUUCAAAGACCAAAGAAAGAUUUUGGAUUGGAUCUUGUAGCUAUCAAUAUAUGGCGUGGACGUGAUCACGGCCUGCCUGGUUACAAUACCUAUCGUCAAGUGUGCGGAUUGCCUCCCUUGACGAACUUUACGGAUCUCUUGGAUGUUAUGGAUCGUUCGGUGGUGGAUCGUUUGGCUUCAGUUUAUGGCUCCGUCAACGACAUUGACCUAUAUAUUGGUGGCCUAGUUGAGCACCAUUUGCCUGGGUCGAUGCUCGGUCCAGUUUUCUCGUGUAUAAUUGCUGAUCAAUUUGCACGUUCGAAAGAGGGCGACCGUUUUUUUUACGAACACGGCGGAUAUCCGAAUUCGUUUUCACCAGCUCAGUUGCAAGAAAUCCGUAAAAUGAGUUUAGCAGCGAUCAUCUGUGACAACGCCGACCGUAUAUUCAAGGUUCAGCUGCUGGUUUUCCGCCAUCCUUCAACUACGAAUCUUCGCGUCAAUUGUCAAUCGUCAAUGAUUACUCGUAUGAAUCUUGCCGCAUGGAUACAAUAAUUGCGUUUCUUAAGUUACCAACUUUGUUUUAUGUGAACGCCUAACACAACUCAAUUCAUAGGCAUUUUAGGCAUUCAACAUUUUAGCUCUAAAUUUUCCCAUAAAUUUGAAAAGUAUAAAUCCGUUGGCUAGGUCUGUUAUCCUUCAGCACUUUCCCUAGAGAUAGAAGAUUAGUGACAAAGAUAAUAAUUCUAUGUGUUGUGAUAUCGUUAAAACUAUAAUAGACAGUGUACAUAUACCAUCCUUAAAAGGACCUUAAACUGGACUCCACCCCAUUGACCUUUAAAACAUUAAUCCGACAUAUAAAUGAUUGAUUAAGACUGGCAAAAAUUUGGGUUUUUCAUGUUUUUUUCCACGUAUAUAAAUGCCUAAGUUCAUCACCUUCGUCAGUCACUCUUGUGCUUUGCAUCGAGUCAGUUAGAAACUUUUAGUUGUCUUGCUGUAAAAUGAAAAAAAAUCAGAUCUUCACCGCUUUGUUGUUUUGUUCCGUCCUGCACAGCUCCUACCUUUUCCCACUCCCUGGACCUAGUCCUCAAGGAAUGUGGAGCGAUGUUAAUUCACAGGGUCACACAGAAGAAGAUGCCUUUAUGAUCGCUAAAGAUGUCACUCAGGAAGAAAUUGAAGAAUUUCAUCGUUCAAAUGGUUUCGUUCCGGCCGAUUUGACUGAGAAUCUAGAUACAGAUGGCCAGGACCGUAGUUUUGGAAAAAAUGGUGAAUCGCUGAAAUUUUGGAAUUGGCCCGCUUUCCACAGUUUCCGACAUUGGAUCGAAGAACGACGUACCACCACUAUCAAACCAAUUCCUGUCUAUAUCGUUAAUAACCCUGAUGAUUCCUAUUCUUUCAAUUAAAGCUACGUAACGUCCUGUCUACCUUAUUUUAUGUAAACAGAGUAGGACUGACUAUUUCAUUGGCAUGAAACAUGUUGACCUGUAUGUGCCCCUUGACGGUUGUAAAAAUGUAAAUAGAUUUUUUGAAACAUU